UCAUAGCAGUAAUUUCUCUAUAAAAUGUAAAAUUAACCUGAUGUGGUAAUUCAUAUUUAAAAUGAGUUGUACCAAAAAGAGUUCUUAAAAUAUACAAAGUUUCCGGCCCGACCUGCUAGACUGUUUGAUCCGACACACAAAGCAAUAACAAAAAAGAUAACAAAGAGAUUAUUUCUACUUGAGAAAAAAUUUUCCUUCUUCUACUUAAUUUUUGUACAAAUGUUUAUAGAAAUCUAUUCAACCUAAGUAGUUUAUAUAUAUUACAAUUAGAUUUUCUAAUUAAUGUAAAUACUCUAUUUAAUAAACUCCCUUAUAUGAUUAAUUAAUUACUAAUAUUAGCUUCAACAGAAAAAAAAAAUUAGUACAUUUUAAAGCGAUAAUAUUAACAUACAUACACCGUUUAAGACCUAAUCGCACUUAUAUAAUUUAUAUAAAGAUCACUAAAUAUUGAAAGCUGAAAAAAAUUUACUUUUGUAGGAAAUUUGGGAAUCCUUGCCAACGAAAUUUUCAUCUACUCAUAUCUUUCUAAUUAAUUAGCUAAUAACAUUCGUCUACCUACUCCAUGAACUUUUGCAUGCACGUGUGAAAAAGUUUUUAAAUUAAAUGAGAUUCAUGAAACCUGUUUAGAUGCCAUUAUAUAUCGUUGUUGCCUCCAGAGAAGAUUAUCUUCCAAGUCAUGGUUCGAAUCUUUUUUAGGAGGAGAGUUUCGCUCCAUUGCGAAAAUAUAUACACAUUCACAGUAGCGUACCCAUUUUUGAGAAAGAAAAGUUAUAAUGCGAAUUGUGAACAUGGAUUAAUCAAUAUACAUUACCAAGAAAAAGCCCCAUUAUUUUUCAGUUUUCACGAGCCAUUCCGCCACUUGACAAAAAGUGACCUACCUAAUUACAUGUGUCGAAGUUCAUACAUUAUUAUAUUUGUGGAUAUUAUAAAAUUUUGGAUGAUUUUGAUUUCGAGAUUCAUUUUUUUGUUAAACCUCUUGUUGCAUGUCCGAAGAAUGUUUUACGUGGAUAGCCAGUGAAAUAGAAGCUCUAAAUUUUGGUUUUUAGGGGAAAAAUAUUGAUAUAAAAUUCGGAAAUGUUACAUAACUUAAUACACAAGAAAAAAGGAGUAAACUACAAAAAGAGGCUAUAUAAUUAAGCGAUGUCAUUUUCACCAAAACCUUAUUAUAUAUCUACUUGAUCACCCUAAUCAUUGUGGUUUCUUCAAUUAUUCUCUGUACCAAUCAUGAUUCACAUUACCAAGAAGAAGAAAAAGUUAAAUAACACAAAAGAUAUACAAACAACAAGAGAAAAAGCGUUGAGACAGCUAUUAAGACAACAAAAGUUUUUAAUAUAUUUACAGUCCCAUAAACUCACUAAAUCGUAUCCAAAUGCAUACUCUAAUGACUCUCAUCCUUCUUGUUCCUCUUCUUCUAUUUCUCUUCCGCCACCUUUUUUCAUGGCGGCGGAGGCUUCGGAAACCCUACCCUCCCGGCCCCAAAGGCUUACCCGUCAUUGGAAAUAUUCUCAUUAUGAACCACUUCAACCACCGCGGCCUGGCCAAGCUCAGCCGUAUCUACGGUGGGUUGCUCCACCUCCGCCUCGGCUUUUCCCACAUUUUCGUCGUUUCUUCUCCUGACAUCGCUCGUCAAGUCCUCCAAGUCCAAGACCACGUUUUCUCAAACCGCCCAACCACAAUCGCAAUCCGAUACUUGACAUACGGUGGAUCCGAUCUUGCAUUCUGCAACUACGGCCCGUUUUGGCGUAGGAUGAGAAAACUGUACGUCAUGAUGCUCUUUAGCCGUAAACGGGCCGAGUCUUGGGUCUCUGUUGAUGAAGAGGUCCACAAAUCGGUCCGUUUUGUGGCUUCCAAGGUCGGGAAACCAUUAAACAUAUGUAAACUAGCAUUUUCCUUAUCAAGAGGCAUAACGUUCCGAGCAGCUUUCGGUUCCUCCUCAUCCACUUCUGAUGAAAGCCGAUUAGAUGAGUUCCUUGAGAUCAUUCAAGAGUUCUCUAAGCUCUUUGGUGAGUUUAACGUAGCAGAUUAUGUCCCGUCGUGGCUCAGUUGGAUUGACCCGCAAGGGAUAAACGGGCGAGUUGAGAAAGCCCGAAAAUCUCUGGACGGUUUCAUUGAGUCCGUCAUCGACGAUCACUACUUGCACAAGAAGAAGAGAGAACAUAAUAACCUUGUCGAAGAGACCGAUAUGGUUGAUCAAUUACUUACGUUCUACGAAGAAGAAGUCAAAGUCAACACCUCAGACACCAAAAUUAAUCUCGAUAACAUAAAAGGCAUCAUCAUGGAUGUGAUGUUCGGAGGAACCGAGACGGUGGCAUUAGCAAUCGAGUGGGUCCUUACGGAGCUACUCCGGAGCCCCGAGAACAUGAAACGGGUCCAGGACGAGAUAGCGAGUGUGGUCGGGCUUGACCGAAGGCGCGUGGAGGACACGCAUCUCGAGAAGCUCACUUUCCUGAAGUGUAUCCUUAAGGAGACCCUCCGGCUUCACCCGCCGUUCCCUCUCCUGCUCCACGAGACGGUGGAGGACACCGAGGUUUCCGGUUACUUCAUCCCCAAGGGAUCACGUGUGAUGGUCAACACCUACGCUCUAGGGCGUGAUCCGGAUUCUUGGUCCGACCCGGAAAUUUUCAACCCGGGUAGGUUUUUGGACCCAAGUGCUCCAGACCUGAAGGGUAAUAAUUUCGAAUUCGUUCCUUUCGGGUCGGGUCGGAGAUCGUGCCCGGGUAUGCAACUCGGGUUGUACGCGUUUGAGCUUGCGGUUGCUCAGCUUCUACACUGCUUCACGUGGAGUUUACCGGACGGUAUGAAACCCGGUGACGUGGACACCGUUGAAGGGCCGGGUCUCACCGUUCCUAAGGCAACUCCUUUGGUGGCGGUGCCGACCACGCGCCUCCUCUGCCCCAUCGUCUAUUGAAUCCUGAAAAGCCUCCACCUAUGAAAACAAGAGUUUUCGGAAUCGGAGUAAUUGUAAUAAGUUUUUAGAAGAAGCGUACAUUGAGAAAAUUCUUCUUGACGUAGUUAUUUGUAUGAAUAAAUAAUCGAAACAA